CCUGUGCUUCUGAUUUCAGGAGAGUCCCAUUUCACUCUUGAUGCUUUUUUUAAGAGAGGCAUACAACUGAGCUCCCUCAGAGAAGCAGCAUGAAGUGCAUGAAGGAUGCUGGCUGCACUCAGUACAGACAAGGCACACUGGAGUGCCAAAAAGGAGAGCUUCUUCACCUGCUUCUCCGGUGCAAGCUCUUCUGUCCGUCUGCUGAGAUGUUUCUGCCUGUUUAUCUGGCAGAGAAGUGUUUGCUUUUUGGGAUGGCGAGCUGACCAUCCGUACUACCGUCGCCUUGAAUGCCUCCAACCAGCAGUGUUUGCUGCCAGACAGACACCUGGAGAAGACAGAGGACAUGCUGCGGUGGCUCCGAUUGUUACGCCGUGUGAUUUAUCUUCCUGUCCUGGCUGUCUUCCCGUGCUGGGUGCUGGCAGUGAAUACGUGGUGAGGAGUGCUUGGGGUGUGCCAUCCUUUGCUGUUCUCACUGUGGGAACUCCAAGAGCCAUGGAAUGGGCACAGGCUGGUGAUGGACUUCUGCAACGAAGCAAGAGAGUCAUCUAUGAGGCCAAGGCUGCUGUAAUGGGAGCUGAACUGCUUUGCCCCAGCCCAGCUGCAGAUCUGCACUCAGCCUCAGCCCCAAGCCCUGGCAGGGUGGGAUGCUUUGGUACCAGGCCGUGGAGCUGUUUGAAAUGCAAUUGCUGCUUGCAGCUGGUUCAGAAAUGGAUUUCCUGUGGCUGUGGGGGCAGAAAUGUCUCUGUGCACACGCUCAGAGGACAGGUCCCUGGAUUGCAGUGCUGCUCCAAUGGCCUGUGGUGGCUGCAGGCAGCCGCGGCCCGGGGAGCCCAAGACUCAGCGUGUGGAAGGGUUGGGAGCAGCCCUGGGUGCCUGCAAGGAUUCGGGAGGUCAGCUGAGCAGGCCCGAGCAGGUCUGAAACCCUGCCACGGAGAGGCACUGGCCCCGCAGCAGUGCCUGCAUUUCAGCAGCUGCCCAUCGGAGCUAAGCACAGCCUCGGCUCAGAGCUCAGGAGCAUGUCUGCUGGGCAGUGCUGGGGGCCAGGCGUCCCUCCUGUGUGUGCAUGGCCCACAUGGCAGCACCCUGCAGUCAGAGCUGACUGUGUGCACUGGAGGUGGAGUGUUGGAGUGGGAUCAGCUCAGAGCUCUGCAAGGUUUGCACUUUGCUUUCCACUCCACUGGCCAAGCCAGCCAGAUGUGCAGCAGCAGCAGGAUGGGCACGAGGGCCCCAGCUGCUGCGGUGAAUCCGUCAGCACGGACGCUGGUGCCGCUGCAGCCUGGCCCUGCAGCCUGGCAGGGUGAUCUCCUUGGGCUCGGCUCCUGUGGGCUCCAGAUGCUAACAGAGCAGCUGGAGGAGCAGAAAGCCUCUCGUGCAAACGGCUGUGGAGUGCUUCUCUCUGUUCCCUGCUGCUGGGAGGUGCUGACAGGUUAGGGUUUGCAGGGAGGCAGAUCUCGCGGAGCAGGGCUGAACUCACUGUGCAAGGACACUGCACAAUCCAGUGUGGAUCAAAAGCGAGUGACAACUUUAUUUAGUAGCCACACGCUUAUAUGUGUUACAGAUAAUUUAUGCAUACAUGUAAGAAGCUAAAUGGCUGAAUCCCUAAAUACCCCAUUUGCUCUGCUUGAGUUGUCUGCUGACUCAUCAAGGACAGUGCCUCCCUGGCUAGUUAUAUUAAAUGCUGCCUUUGUUUAUUCAA